CCCUAGCGGGGCGUGAACCGGAAGUGUAAGCGUCCUGCUUCUCCCCAGCUAGGCGGAACCUGCACUGCUGGGCCCAACGGCUGCAGAAGAACUUUCUCCCGCCCGAACCGUAGCCGCGGCCCGCAGUCUCGCCCGCUCGGCGGCCUGAGGCGCGUCGUUCUCUCGUGUCCCCUCGUCGGGCCUAAUCGCCGCUUCUGCCCGGCCGGCCGGCCCGCCCCGCUGCAGUCAUGUGCGACAAGGAGUUCAUGUGGGCCCUGAAAAACGGAGACUUGGANGAGGUGAAGGACUAUGUGGCUAAGGGAGAAGAUGUCAACCGGACACUAGAAGGUGGGAGGAAGCCUCUUCACUAUGCUGCGGAUUGUGGGCAGCUUGAAAUCCUGGAAUUUCUGCUGCUGAAAGGAGCAGACAUUAAUGCUCCAGAUAAGCAUCAUAUUACCCCUCUUCUGUCUGCUGUCUAUGAGGGUCAUGUUUCCUGUGUGAAAUUGCUUCUGUCAAAGGGUGCUGAUAAGACUGUGAAAGGCCCAGAUGGACUGACCGCCCUUGAAGCCACUGACAACCAGGCAAUCAAAGCUCUUCUCCAGUGAUAGAUGGAUGGACGGACUAAUAACUUGGGAAGGAUGACUCUCCUGUGGCCUCACACUGCUGCCUGUCUGUCUGUCACUUUCUAUCUGCCAGCUUCUUCAGCUAAAUACUUUAAGAGGGUGAAGGGAGAGAGAAAUUCAUAACAAAUCAGACUGCC